GCUGUGACGUCACGACUAACAUGGCGAGCGUGGUGGAUGUUUGUGUGGUGGUUUAGGUGGCGUGGUGGUGGUGAUGGGGUGAUGAUGGUGGUGGUGUAGUGAUGAUGGUGGUGGUGUAGUGAUGAUGGUGGUGGUGUAGUGAUGGUGGUGGUGAUGUUCGUGUUCGGGCAGUGCUGUUGUGAAAUCGCGAUGAGAGGGGCAGAGCUGACGGGAUGUGGUCCGACGGUUGACGAUCAUCGCCAGUAGCAGCAGUGGGGACGAGCACCGCCACGCGACGGUCGAGACGAAGGCGGCGGCGGCGGCGGCGGCGGCAGCUGGGCCAGAAGGGGGCCGCUCUUGGCAGCACCGCAGGGAAGGUGCUGGACCACUCGCCACGUUGACCCAGGUCAUCGUGGCGUGCCAGAGCGAGCGUGGACGUGCCCCCACGGCGCACUCGGUGGGAGGUUGGCGUCACAAGGCGAGUCGCCUCUCGUUCGCCUCGCGAGAUCGCAGCGGGCGCCGGCGAAAGCGUCCACCUGGACCGGUUGGGGGGGCCGCUCCCCCCCCAGCCCCCCCCCCGUCUCCCCCCCACCGCGGCUCAGCAUGAGCUGGCUCAGCCGCUUCAACGCUCGCGGGGGGCCGGGGGGCCGCAAGGCCGAGCGGGAAGUGGCCGCCGGUGCCACGGGCGUCGCCGCGGGCGCCCCUGCAGCGGGCCCCGUGGCCGCCGCCGUGGCCGCCGCCCAGCCGGAGCCCCCCAGCUCCCCCGGCGCGGACCCCGAGACGUGCCUCAUGGUCUACAGGAACCACUGGAUGCAGGUGCUUAAGGUGAUCGAGAGGAAUGCGGGUGGGGGGCGCGACGGGGUCGCAUCAUCGACGGCCCCUGCCGACGAGAAGAACUUGGUGCGGAACAACGUGGACCAGAUGCUGUACCUGCUGGCGGAAGAGCUGCCUCCGAGGACGGGCGGCAUGGGCCCCAUCCUGGAGUUCACCGUCUCCGACGAGGUCCUGGGCCGCGUGGUGUCGUGGGGCCUGCGCAUGCGCACCGCCCACGGGGGCGUCAGAGGCCAGGAUGCUGUUGACGAGGAGGACGAGGAGGUGAGAGCGGAGCAGCUCAAGAUGUACGAGGUGCUGGUGUCGCAGUCCCACCAGCCCCUACUGCAUCACAAACCCAUCCUUCACCCGCUGCUGGGGCUGAUGGCCGCAUGCGCCAACUCUCGCUCUCCCAAGGUGGAGACCAACCUGGUGCUGCUGCUGAGCCAGCUGUGCUCGGUGCUCGUCAAGGACCCGGCCACUCUGGAGCUCGUCUUCAACGACCGCCCAUCCCCGCUCGCCCCAUCUGGCGGCGCCGGUGCCGCGGGUUUCGCGCCACGUAACGACGCGCUGGUGUUCGCGCUACUCGUGGGCUACGUGCACCGCGAGGGCUCGCUGGGGCAGCAGGCGCGCGACGCACUGCUGCUCAUCAUGUCACUGACGGCAGAGAACCGCUCGCUCGGGGAGUACAUCGCCGACCGCUCUGAUUUCUGCCCGGUGCUGGCGACGGGGCUGAGCGGGCUGUACUCGUCGCUGCCGCGGAAGAUUGAAGUGAAUUCCGACGAGUGGCACUCGUUGCGCCGGGAGGACUGGUUGGGCGUGCCGGCCCUCGUCAGGUUCAUGAACUCGCUGGAGUUCUGCAACGCCGUGGUGCAGGUUGCUCAUGAGGUGGUGAGGAAUCAGCUGAUCAAGUACAUCUACCACGGGUUUCUCAUCCCAGUCAUGGGCCCAGCACUGGACAAGACGCUGGUGGAGGAGCAGAUCGCCAGCACAGCUUACCUGGACCUCUUCCUGCGAAUGGUUACGGAGCCGUCGCUGCUGCGCACCUUCCUGCACUUUGUGCUGCUACACUCCGAGGAUGACAAGCGCGUCCUGGACAUGCUCGUGGCACGCAUCAGCAGCAGCUCGCGGCUGUGCAUGGUGUCGCUGGCGCUUUUCCGGACGCUGCUCAGCCUCAACUGUGAGGACGUAAUGCUGCAGCUGGUGCUCAGGUUCCUCAUCCCGUGCAACCACGUGAUGCUGAGCCAGCGCCGCGCCGUCAAGGAGGUGGACCUGUACGGGCGCACGGCCGACCGUCUGCUGUCGCUGUCGCCCGAGUGCUGCCGCCUGGAGCAGCUGCUGCUCGCCGAGCGGGAGGACGAGCACGUGCUCUGGUCCAAAGGCCUGGUGUGCGGCGUCUCGGAGGGCCAGCCCUCGGCGUCCCCGACACCCAAACCCACCACUCCGGCCCGCAUGGGGUUCUUCUCGCGGCAAAAGACGGAAAUCUUCGAACGGCAGCAGCGCUCGCCCGCUGUUCACGAACAGCCGGCGCGUCCACAGUCCCCCGCGUCGACAGCGCUCGCGUCGCCGCCGCAGCAGCAGCAGCAGCAGCAGCAGCCGCCGCUGCGGCCGGGCGGCGGCAAUUUCGACGAGCGGACGGAAGCGGAGCCCGGCUACCUGCAGUACCUGCGUGACGCGCGCCGCGGCGUGCGGCGCUGCGCGCUGGCGUGCCGCGCGUGGUCGGCUCCCUACGACGGGGAGACGCCGGCGCCGGGCAGCGUGGUGAUCGCGCCGAGCGAGGCGCUCGCCUCGCUGCCGCUCGACGCUGAGCACUUCGCUCUGGAGCGCAAGCUCGAGCCGCCGGCGGAGAGCCCCGAGUGGGACAUCCGCCUCGACCAGUACCGCAUCGCCGUCUUCCCGCACUCCAAGAAGCGCAGCGUGCAGCGGCGGAGAAGGCAGGGCGCUCAGAACGACGCUGCCGUGCCGUGCCCCCCGAAGCCGGCGGGCGACCAAAACGGCCUGGCGCCGACGUCGGCGAUCCUGGAGGGCGACUCGCGGUCGGAGGCGCCGUCCGGUCUGAACGGCGCCGACUCGGCGAGGAGCGGGGAGGGUGGCGUCGUGCAGGCCCCGGAAGCUUCUGACGACGAUCCCAUGGCCAAGAAGCAGAGGAGGGAGAAGCGACGAGAAUCGCACGACGACGACGACGGCGAAGUCGGCGGCGCGAGCGUGGCCAAUGGGAGCGCCGCGCCCAUCGAGCCGGUGAUCGCCCCGCCCCGCGGCCAGCCGCGGCCGUCGGCGGAGAGCGCCGCCUGGGAGGAGACGGAGUCGGACGCGCCGGCUUCCGCUCCCGCCGGCUCCUGCGGUCGCUACGAGGGUGCAGCGGGGAUGACGGUGGGCGACGCGCCAGCGGAGGCAUCCUCCGCUCUCGACGAGUCGGUCGACAGUCUCAUCCAGACGUUCCUGGAGGGCUCUUCGGAUGACGCCAGCGGCCUCGUUGCCGACCUGCACAAGCAAUCGCUGGUCGCCGUCGCGGCCGGUGUCACUGACGCCGAGGAAUCCUCCGGGGACGCGGUUAUCGGAGGGGAUGAGACCGCCGCUGCCAUCGCACCCGACUGCGUCGCCGCCGACUUCUCGGCACUUUCGGAGCAGGUGGAGCCGCGGGGCAUGGAGACGCCGACGCAGGCGCAGGCACACGUGGUGACCCUGCCUGCUCUGCUCGCACAGCAUCCGAGUCAAGCCAUCGGCACGCCGUUCACCGGGCCCUUUGUGGGCGCGCUGUUUGCCAAGCUGGAGAACAUGAUGCAGAAUUCGCUGUACGUCAACCUGCUGCUGACGGGCGUCGUGACGCAGCUGGCCUGCUACCCGCAGCCACUGGUGCGCUCCUUCCUGCUCAACACCAACAUGGUCUUCCAGCCGAGCGUCAAGUCCCUGGUGCAGGUGCUGGGCACGGUGAAGAACCGGAUCGAAGCGUUUGCGGCGGGCUACGACGACUUCCCGCCGAUGGUGGUGCGAGCGUGGCAGUACCUGAUCACGCGCGGCCAGAGCGGCGCCGUCGACUCCCCGCUCUUCGUCCCGGCCCUCAGCCGCGCCGAACAACUCGGUGAGGCUGCUGCUGCUGCUGUGAGCGCCACCGCCUGUCGGGCGGGGAGGAGGUGGCUCGGUGGAGCGAUACUCAUCUUACUUUAUGUUUGUCGAGCGUCUUAGCUGAAGGCGCUCUAUAACAGAGUUUAAAAGCGGUUACAAAAAUGGAGCGAUUGAGAUGGCAAGGGCACAGUGCGCAAGGUCCGAGGAAUGAGCGUCCGUAACAGAGGGCACGUGGGGAUC